CUCGGGCACAGCUGGAGCGCAUGGCGGCCCCUCGCCUCGCUCCCGCCGAACCGGCCCGCGCUGGGAAGCGCCGCCGGCGCCGCCCUCGGCCCCGCAGCACCGGGGACAGUCCCGCUCCCCGCCCCGCCCCCGCGGCGUUCGGCGGCCCGGGGCGCCCGUCGGGGCCCACCUCGACCCCUCGCUCGGAGCAGCCCCCGCGGGUUCGGUGCUCCGCGCAGGCCGCGACCCCCGGCGCGCACACGGGCGGGACCCCGCUGGGAGCGGGGGGACCCGCGGGGGCCGCGCCCCCCAUCCCGCCGCGCUGCCGGGAGAGCAGGCAGGGGAGCGGGAGCCCGAGCACGUCCAGCGCGGAGUCCAGUCCGCGUUUUGCGGGUGCGCGGGAGCGAUCGGGGCGGAGGGGGCGAUGGCUGCCGGCGCUGGCUCGCUCGCUCGCUCUUGCCAUGCUGGGCCAGCGCGGCUCCGGCAGACGUGUGUUUACCCAUAUCCGGGUUAGGGAGGAAAGGAGGAGGAAAAAAAAAGUUUCAUUUAAACCUGAACAAAAAAACUUUCAACAUGAAAUCACACAGCGGGAACGGGCACGGACCGUAA